CGGGGCUUGUACCCUUCACAACAACCUCGUCCACUGUUACAACAGAAGGUCUGAGACCGAGCUGCUGCGAUGACCUGCUGACUGGAAACUAAAGGUUAAAACAUGAACCGGACCAUCCUGUGAAAGGGAAUAUUGCAUCAGGUCCAAAAUGAAGGGACUCUUCCUCGUCGAGCCCGUGGUGGCUAUGUACGCCUUCUCCAGUUUUCUCAUAUAUCCCCUGAUCCAGCAGUAUGUGUACCGGAGGCUCUGGGAGGACCUGACCAACACCACCUACCCCACCUCGGACAACAGCUCCAGAUGUGGAGACAGCAGCAGCAACCAUUCCAGUUACAACGAUGAGGUACAGAGACAAGCAUCUCUCUUCUCCCUGUACACGGAGCUCUUCUCCACGGUCCCCUCCAUGAUCGUCACUCUCAUGCUCGUGGCCUACAGCGACCGGGGGGGACGUAAGAUCGCCAUCAUCAUGCCUCUGGUCGGCACGUUGCUCUACAGCCUGUCCUUCCUGGCCGUGUCCUACUUUGAGCUCAACAUCUACCUGCUCAUCGCCUCCUCGCUCGUCAGCGCUCUGUUCGGCGGCCUGGGCACGUUCCUGGGCGGCUGCUUCGCCUACGUGGCCGACCUGUGUGAGGACGGUCAACAGAAGACGCUGCGCAUGGCCGGACUGGAUAUGAUGAUCGGCCUGUUGGCGGGAAUGGCUUCAAUAUCGACGGGCUACUUCCUGAGAGCUGCGGGCUUUAACUGGCCUUUCGUUACCUCUGCCUUGAUUCAGGUUUUGAUCCUUCUCUAUGCAAUUUUCAUCCUGGAGGAGACCGUGAAGAAGCCCCCGGCUGAUGCCUUCAUUCAGGAGGGGUCCACCCAGCACUCAGCCCUGAAGCAGAUGACCUACGGGGUCUAUGAGAUGUUCACAGGGGCCAGCCGCAGGUGUAAAACUAUUUUGACCCUCCUGAUGCUCAUCUUCACCAGCUUCUCCUUUGCUUAUGUUGGGGGCAUCUCCUUGAUGACUCUGUACACGCUCAACAAACCUCUGUGCUGGAAUGAGAUUCUGAUUGGCUACGGCUCAGCCCUGUCCACCACCGUGUUCCUGGUCAGUUUUGCAGGAGUGUUUGUGUUCACGUCCUGUGGCGUACCGCAGCUGCUCAUCGUCCUGAUUGGGAUCCUGUCCGUGGUGACAGGCAUGGUCCUGGUGGCGUUUACUAAGACCACCUUGAUGAUGUUCAUAGUGAAGGUGCCCAUGCUUCUGUCUAUCAUGCCUUUCCCGGUUAUGCGCUCGAUGAUGUCAAAGCUCAUCUCAAAGUCUCAGCAGGGAGCCUUGUUUGCGUUACUUUCCUUUCUGGAGAAUAUGACCAACAACGUAUCAGGCGCAGUCUUCAACAGUGUCUAUGCAGCUACGGUGGCGUGGUUCCCUGGCUUCAUCUUCCUGCUGUCUGCAGGACUCUGUGUUAUUCCUGUGUCUGUCCUCGGUGUGGUGGCUGUGUACGGAGUGGAUGUUUCCAAAGAGGACAAAGAAGUGAAAGAGGACAAAGACCCUGAAACACUUUCUGAAGAUCAGAACGACAACACUCCUCUUCUCAGCUGAGCCUCACGAGCCGACACAAUCUCACCAGCACUUUGUUUGUUUUACCCUCAGCCCUUUAGACAAAGCUUUGUUUUCCAGAAUUACCUCAAUGACUCUUCUUUCCAGUUUGAAAUGGUAAUAAUGCAGGUUUCAGAUUCAUCUCUUGCGGUUUUGAAACUUAAAUAUAUAACGUGGAUACAACAGGGAGUUGUAGCCAAACAGGAUCUGUAGCAGGUUGUUUUUUUUCUUACGGGAACGUUGUUGAUCACACGCCUGAUCAAGAUGGUAGAAUGAAUAGUAUAUUAAGCACUUUGGUGAAGUACUUUGGGAUUAUUAAGGCCAGUUCAGUGAAGGCUUUAAACUGGGAGUAGUGUCUGAGCCUUAUUUAUACUUCAAAAUGACCUGAGUGUGACUUUUAUAAUAUAUCCACAAAGAUUUCACUUUUCCUCGUUGAGUUUUACAGUGUGAUGAGAUUUUCAGUUCAUGUGUCUAAAAGGAAAUUAUGCAAUGAGAUACAGGCUUGUUCACGAUUGUGAUGCAUUUUGAAUACCCACAUGAAGUGGCGUAAAAAUAAAGAAAAUGAUUGCAUACAUAUCUGAACAAGAUAGAAUGUCUAAUAGCUCAUUAAAAUCUGUGAGGUUAGUAAACCACAGAGCGAUGACAGGGUCUUUAAACUACUCUAAAGCAGAGGGAGAGCUGGGGAUGAAUAAAAGUAGACAUGCAGGGAAUUUCUUUUUAUCGCAAUAACGCACAAAUGGUAAAAGUUUGUGUGUUAUGUUGUUUUCCGUUCCAGAUGGUGUGUCACAGAGGUGCGAUUGGAAAUGUGGAAUAUUUUGAUGUUUUUUAUCUCGUUAGUGAAAAUCCUUUAGUAAAUCAAAUGACAAUAGUUUUGCCUUUUCUUUGCAGGACUCAGACUUUUCUGCAGGGAGACAUUUAUCUGUAUAUGAUAAUAAGUCAUGCAGUCAAACAGGGAAUUUAAUUGAACCAAUAAAAACACAGUUGUACCCAGCAUAGCAGCCUCUGAAUUGUUGAAAUUUGUUUGUGAUUCAACCAAAAGUGAAGAAAGUUUGAAUAAAGUCGAGUUUCAAACCCGAAAUACUUCACCGUUAAACAAAAUUAAAGUUUCUCCCUCAUCACAGUCUCGUCUUUGAGCAGCUGCAGGAAUAAUGUU